AUGGGGAAAGUUGAUAAAGUGUUCUAUCCAGAGCUGCCGAGUGUUUCACAUGGGUCUGAAGUCAUCAGGAAAGAUUCCUCAGAAAGCACUGUUCUGGACCAAGAGGAUUUGGAUUCUGUGGACAAUCCUGACCGGAGGACAGAUGUGAGAGGACUGUCUGGAGAUAUGGCUGAGUUGGACAUUUCGGCUGGUGAAACUCAAUUUAUGUAUGACAGACGACCAAACUGCUGCAAAUCCUGUGAAGAUGUUGAAGACACCUCACACUGGAUCCUGAUGGAACCCUCUGUUUCCAUGGAGACAGGAGUCCCAGUGUAUAAACACAGCUCUCCACCAGGAAGUUUUGAGUGCACAGUGUCUGGUUUGCGCUGGGUGUGUGCAGUUGAAGUCUCUCUACAGUAUCACUUAAGUGACCCCCAUGUAUUCGGAGCAGAGCUUGCCAUGUUGCAGUAUGAACCAAUUGGUCCCUUGAUGGACAUCAAAGUGCUCUCAGGUGAACUGUUGGAGGCUCAUCUGCCCCAUUUUGCCUGUCUGGAAGGUUCAGAUUCCUCUCUUAGAGAGGCUGUGAGAGUUCUGCAUGGGGUCGACAGCAGUGUAACUCUAGAGAGAUGUGAGCUGACCCGUUUCCACGCAAAGCUCCUCAAGCCCUCCUUCUCACUGAUAGAAGUCUUGGUGAAAUUCGGAAUCCCAAUGAAAGCCCAUCUGGACGUGUUAAUCUACCGCACCAGAGUGACACCCCUGGUUCUCUUCACGUAUGUCGUGCCGCGGGAUGCUUCCAUGAUUCAGGCGGUAGAAGAGGAUUUACAAGAGACACAAGAUGCUAAGAAGAUCAAAAAACAUCGUCCAGACAUGUCCAUUUGGAUGAACAGCAAGUGUAGCCUUAAGGCAUCCUGCCAUGAUUCUAAAACAUGCCCUCAAUGCAUAACUUUCAAAUACAUCAGACCUCCAGACCUGUUUGAGGUGGUCAUUAAAAAUGCAGAUGACUGUUUUGAUUUGGAGCUGAUCAGUGAAGGGCAGUCCAUAUGGAAAGCUACGCUGGAAAGUUUUGAAUAUGGUGAAACUGGAGAUGUGGCACCCAGUCACCCACAAAUUCCCUCAGCAGCAUCCGGACGUUCCCGAAGCGUGAUCCCCAGAGAAGCGGCUCACACGAGCAGAGCUGCCAGGGCCGAAGAGGAAGAAGGGAACAUGGCCUCCAUGUCACACCAAGAUCGACUGUCCUGUAUUCGGCCUGAUCUCAUCAAGCGGACAUCAGAAGGUGUACUGAAAGGUCUGGUUCUAGGGCUUGAAUCCCAUCAGCCUCCUGUGUUGCACAAUAUGGAGACACAAGUCAUCCUGCAGAGGACCAGCGUGCUGCAUGAGCAGGUGACCUCCCUCAUCGACAUGGUGCUGAAAAAGGGAGACACAGCGUGUGGCAUCAUGCUCUCUCUCCUUAAAGAACUGGACUAUUACUUUUAUCAAGACCUCAUCAAGAAAGCAUAGAACCUUAAAGCACGGAACUGUGAAGACCUAUAGGAAGAAACCCUCCCAGGGCAGGCUAGGUUCUUCUACACAUAGUGUGAUGUACUUUAAUGACCAACUUUUUUUAACGUCGACCAAUUCAAUGUCCAGUUCAGUGAGCAAGUAGCUCUGUUGAGAGAAACUCGAGGAGCGCUCAAAUUCGACAAGACCGUGUGCAGAGGGCUUGUCACUGUUACAGUAUGUGGUAGCCCAGAAGCUAUCUUGUCCAGGGCAGGCUAUAGGUUCU